UAAUAAUAUCCUCGUACGCCAUUGGACUAAACGACAAACUUCCUUGUGACGUCAGUGUCCGUCGAAGGGGUCGGCGUCGGACAUGGAAGUCAAGUCAAAGUUGAAAGUCGGGGAAAAAAGAUAGAAAGUCGUUAUUAUAAAUCGUUAAAUAUGAACGGGUGUUAAUUUCAAACUAUAAUGGAUACUAAACAGGUGUAUAUAUAAAGGAUACGAGAUAAGCAAUGGAUUAAAGAGAGGAUACAAUCUUUCAGAUAUUAUGGAAACUCUGUAAUGUGGGAAAUGAUCCUUACGAAGAAAAUGUGGAGUUGAUUGUGACUUUAAAUAAGCACUGUGAACAGGUGCCGAGUGUAAAAAUGAAUGAUAUAUGUCAGCCUAUAUCAUCAGUCGAAAAGGCAAAAGAUUUGGUGCCAAAUUCAGAUUUGGGACAGGAUAUGAAUAAUGUCAGGUCCGAAUCCCCAAAUUUGAUUAAAGGAGAUACGGGGAGUUAUUGUAAUUUUCAACAGUACGGCGAAGGUCCUGAAUUGUAUAAUUGCGAAGAAGUGGAUAAGACUGGUGAAUUUUGGGAUAACGAUAAACUUCAGAGCAGCCAUUUACAGUCUCCUACAGGUGAAAUUGUGUCAGAAGAAACCGAAUGUGAAAAUAAAUGUAGUACAAAAGAUGGUAAAGUGGAGUGUGAAAUGACGGAGAGUGCGAAUGCUUCGAUACCUAAUUCGGAUCGGAGUACGCCAGUGUAUUUAAAAUGGGCAAAAAAUUUGAAGACUUUGCUGGAAGAUGCCGAAGGAGUAAAAUUAUUUCAGAAAUAUUUAAAACAAGAAAAGUGUGAAACACUUCUAGAAUUUUGGCUAGCUUGCGAAGGAUUAAAAAAGUACGAUCCAAACGAUAAAACUCAAAUCAAUCAACUUAAUAAACUCCUUUACAAAAGGUACAUUAAACAGGCUUUAAAAGAUAUCAAACCUGAAACUAAAAAGAAAAUUGAACAAAAAAUCAAUAAUAAACUAUGUACAGAUCAGAGUAUUUAUGAUCCGGCUCAGAAAGAAGUCGAAGAAUUGAUGAUGUGUACUGCAUAUCCAAAUUUUUUAGAAUCUGAUGUGUAUUUACAACACAUCAGGUUGAUUCAAAAUAAUAUGGCAUCAAGUGAUUCGUUGAGAAAUAGUAGGUCAUGUAGUAGUUCAAGUUCUAGGGACGGUUUGGAUGUACUUCCUACUGUGCACGAAGAUAGUGAAUUGAAAAUGGAAAGGACAUGUGGAAGAAUACCAUUGACAAGUGAGCUUUUAAGACAGAAAAAUAGGUUUUUGGAAAGUAAAUCAAGAAUACAGACAGAAGCACAUCCUAAUCAUUAUAUGGGGCCUGCAUCGAGGAUGGCAAGCUCAUGUCAUGCAAGAUAUUCUUCUUUCCUCCCAACUUCAGCACAAGACAGUGAAUUGCAAAGCUUAUCUUCAGAUGCACAGACGGAUGAUACAUCUUCACUUGCAGACAGUAGUGUAGAUUGUGGUCCUGUGUAUCCUCCUAAGAAUUAUUGUCGAAAACACCAUCAUUCAUCAAGAAUAAAUGCAAAUCUCAAUAAGGAUCAUUUUCCUCAUCAGCCUUUUAUACCCAGAACUCACAGGCCACCAAGAGAAUGGUUAACAAAAACCGAACCGAAAGCAUUUGCCGAAGCUUUGAUUGAAAAGUUAAACAAAGUAAAAAGAGAACAAGAAUUAGAAGAAAAACUUGAACAACACUUUCAAAAGUUGGAGUUGGAUGAUAAAAGAUCUUCUAAAGUAUGUGAGAGUAUGAAAGCAUCAUUUGAUAGAUUUGCUGGAUUACCACCUCAGCUUUUAAGUGCAGUAAUUCAAGAUAAGCAGUCUUUUGCUGAUGAAAGUGAUCAAGCAAUUCUUGAUCAUCACAUGUCUCGAGUUUGGAAAGAUAGUGCAACACCUAGCAGAUCGCCAGUUCCAUUAUCUCCAACUCCAGAUGGACAUAGACCAAAUAUACCUGGAUCUUUGAAUCCUUCAAUGAGAAUUGGUUCUCAGUGUCCUAAUGCAACAUGCAAAGGAUCUAAUUCGGGAGGAUUACCUCCAAAUACAUAUCAGCAUUGUCGAUCUUCACCUUAUAACAUGCUUCCAUCAACUGCAGUUUCUAAUAAUAAGUAUCGUAAGGAACGCGAUACAUAUUCUAGUGAUAGUGGAACUGUUCAUGACUUUACACCAGAAAAUGAACCAACUUCAUCAUCGCAGCCGGUACAUAUUCACAAGCACAUACAUCAUCAUAUGACAAACAUUUUCAGUCCUAACUUAUUACCAUCAGAACAAGGUGGUCGUGCAAAUGACAAAAGAUCAAAAGAAAACUCAAGAAGUUCAAGCAGUAAGAAAACAUCAACAGACUCCAGUAGUAGUUGUUUUGAUAGUGGAGUGAGUGUUAUCUAUGAUCCUCUACCAACAACAAGAGCUCGUGAAAGAGUAUGUAAUUGGAUUGGAUCAUUAAAUGAAAAAUAUACCCAUGGAAUACAUGGACCUGAAUUAGAUAAUGAAUCUCCUCCACGUCAUAAAAAAUCAUCACAUUCUUCUACAUCUGCUAUGUCAGGUGGUACAAACAGAUCAAGCCACAGCAAGAAACCACUUGCUUAUAGCAGUUCAAGAUCAGGUUCAUUGGAACGAGGCGGAACAUCUCCUUGGCCCAACCAAUCAAAUCAAAAUACCAUUGGACAAGUUUCCCAAAACAUUAACUCACAUCUUCAUGCUUAUUCAAAUAUCACAUCAUUUGCUCCAUUGCCACAUAGUCCCAUUAUUCAGCCAAGCCAGCCAUUAGCACAAGAUCCAUCAAUGCCUAUGUUACCGCAGCCCGACACAACUACACGAUUAGUCGAGGCUCGCCGUAGACUAGAAGAUGAGGCCAGAUUAAAAUGUUACAAAGGAAGAAUUAGUUCAUCAGGAAGAGAGAAAAUGUGUUCUGAUUACAUUAAGUAUCGUUCUGGAAAAACUAUAGAACAGUUGGAAGAAUUGGGAUCUCAUAAGAAGCAAAAUAAGAAAUCACUCUCAUCUUGCAAUAACAACAAUAAUAAUACUGCUGUUCAGACAAAUAAUGAAAUGACUGUCAUUGGCUACUGCUUCUCUGGAGAAUCUGUGCCUUAUAGAACAAAGUUACCAGGCAAAAAUAUUACAUUGAAACAGUUUAAGUCAUUAUUAAGCAAAAAAGGCAAUUACAGGUACUUUUUCAAAAAAGCCAGUGACGAAUUCGGAACAGGCAUCAUCAAUGAAGAGAUUUCAGAUGAUAAUGAAAUACUACCCCUGUGGGAAGAAAAGAUAUUUGCCAUUAUUCAACCUGUUGAAUAAUUGUAAUAAUUUCCAUCCAGUGUAUACUGUUGAUUUGAAAAUACUUUAUAAAAUUUUGAAACUUUUAAUUGUUUAGAGGGAAACAGAAAUGAUUACAUCAUGUUUGUUUUGAGGUUGAUGCACUUAUUAGUGCCUGCAGUGGAGUGUAUAUCUUGCAACAUAAUUUUUAUACGGGUCUUUCUGUUGACAUGCUGGCAAACAACGAAUAUCCAAAUUAUUCGUGGUUUGCAUAGCAAGUGCCAAACCAAUUUCUCAUAGCAAAUACUCUGAUUUUAAAUCUGCUUUCUUUUAAAUUCAAACAUUGUUUGAAAGGAUGAAAUUUUAUUCUUGUAUAUUAAUUUAAUUACGAAAAAUGAAAUAAUCAUGGAAAUGUUCACGUAACAUUUGCAUAUAAAGAAUCCUGCCAAUAUACAAACUGUGGACAAAUCAAAGCACAAUAUGGAUUGUUCAGACAGUUCUAUACAAAUUAAUUUUCUUUAUUAUUUAAAAAUAAAAAAAAAACAAAAAAUGGAUUAUUAAAAUUUUUAAGGCAGUUUUAUGCAAACACCUUCCAUUUUAAGUUAGAACUAAUUGGUGUUUUACUAUACUGAAUUGUACUAGAUAACAAAUUUAUGGGAAAGGAUACAAGAGGGUUUUAAAAUUUCCAUCGAGUAAGUUUCAUGUUUGACUAUUAAUAAUCAUUUUGUAUAUAGGUGAGCUUUGUACAUGUGAUUCAUUGUGUGUGAGACUUGAAGUCUGACAUUAUUUCCUUGUAGAAAAGGGAAGUUUAUAGGAAUCUGCAAACUUGUGCAUAUCAUUUCUUUUGUAAGGUAAAGUUCUGUCAUGGAACAAGAGAUUGGUAGAUCAACCCACUUUGUUAAAACUUUUAUUUUUUAAUAAAAAACAAAAAUCCCAAUGUAAGUAACAACUUGUAAAUAAACUUAUUUGUGUUAU